CUUGCAACCUAAUUCAGACAUCAUCUUGCAACAACAACUCAUGGCAUGAAUACAGAUCUGUUGAGAUGGUGCUUCUCACUAUGACACAGCCCAUGGUUGAGGCUUUUGAAAAAGUCCAGAGCCUCAACAAUGCAACGAAGUGCGACAACCACGAAGAGACGUCCGGUGAGAUGAAGCACAGCUCUAGCAUUACUUUACCUGGAGACAAAACAGUUGCAGAGGACAAUACCCAAGAGGAAUACAAAGAGGCAGAAACAAACUCCUCUAGCCCGCACAACCAGCCAGCGGCCGCAGAUGCACUCAAUAGUGAGAGACCCACGGCACCUAGGUUGGAAAAUCCCAAAGUUGGAAACCCAGUGUCGCAUGGCCAAGUUAUAGAAUUAUGGAAACAAAUGAAAGUAUCAAAAAUGUCACCAUGCAGCUUGGAUCUUUUGAUGCGAGGGGCGAGAGUCUACAUACCUCCCCCUCCUCCAAAACCAGAACCAGUAAGUAAAAUAUAUGCCGGGACCAUUCCCCAAAUCCAUGGCCAGCUAGUUAAUUGUCAACUAUCCAGACAUCGGAAUACAAAGCCCUUAUGGCACGUCUACGUAGAGAGGAAGAGCUUCGGGCUUAUGAGCGAAUGAUCAACCCUCCUCCACCUAUGGAAACCUUUGCCCAGAGAUUUCCGUCCUCCUCUGCAGCGCAUGCCUUUUCCUCAAAUUUCCAGCAUGCAUCAAGUCCCGAGGAUGAUGGUGUUACAUACGCGGAUGUUGAUCGUCAGAUGGCUCUGAUAUUCAAUGUGUUGAUAAGUAUUGUUGCCUGCGCUGGUGCUAUAUGGGUUGUAGCUCGCUGGUGGAGCACACCUGCAAGGUUGGCGCUGAGCAUGGGAGGUAGCAUGUUGGUUGGUCUUGCAGAAGUAGUCGUCUACUCGGGUUACAUUCGAAGAGUUGCAGAGGCUAAAGGGAACGCCAAAAGUCUCAAAGAAGUCAAAGAAGUUGUGAAGACUUGGGUUAUUGGAGGCGAAGAAGAUGAAGAUGACACUUCUCUCUCUUUGGUUGGCAAGAAUGAUACAGAAAGCGAGAGUGUAAGGCGGCGGAAGCCACCUGCAUUAUAG